GUUUCAUUGCUGUGUGUGUGUAUUUCAAAGAUGGCGCGCACUGCCUUCGACGUACAACGGGACUUUGCGCUGAGCAGCGGAUUGCGCUCUGAAAUAAUUUGGGACUCUCUGUCGCCGGAACAGUCGGAUGUGCUAAAACUGAAGAUUGCGAACAUAAUCUGUGAGAGCAACGUGAAGAAUCCCAAUUUGUUGGCCAAGCAGCGUCAGCAACUCUUUGAUAAUGUGUGGAAACAACGUAUAUAUACAAAUCGAACACUACUCUCCACAAUUGUGUAUGUGCUGGUGAGCAGUGAGAGGGAUUCCCAGCUGGCACUGCAGUCCACCAGUUUCAGCUGCCAUCCCGUGAUAAGGACGCGCAAGUGCCUGAGGGGCGAGGGGGAGGGAGAGGGAGAGAACAGCGAGGGUUGCUGCAUGAUCUUCAUCGAUGAGGAGGGACGUGUCUAUGGCAACUGGCAGCAGUAUGUGCGGAAUAAUGCACUGCCCAAGGGCACGAUGAUUGCACCCAAACAAGGCGUCUAUACAUUCAGCGGGGAUGAGGUGCAGCUAACGGUGCAAGCGACUCCUUCGACGUGGAUCAAACAGAAGAUUCUAAGUGCCGGCGACAGCAUUGCGACUGUGGGUGGACUGGUGGCCACUGUGCCCGUGGCUGCAACUUUGGCUCUGCCCGUGGCAGCGCCGAUUCUCAUUGCCGCCACCGUUGUGGGCGUGUCUACGGCAGCCUAUAGCACCCUUCGAUCCGCCACGCGGCUCAUCGAUCGUCGCUGGCAUUCGCAGAGCACCUCGUUGCGGGAUCGGGAGGCGCGCAGCAGCUGGCUGGGCGUGGCUGGAGGCGUUGUCGGUCUGGGCGCCACGGGAGCCACCACAGCCAUCAGUGUGCUGGGCAGUAAAACCAGUCUGGCAACGCAGCUGGCUGUGAAGGGCAUUAAUGUGUCUUCCAUUGUCGUCUCCGGCACCGGCGUCAUCAAUGGCGUCUAUGACCUGUACUUGAAGAUUAGCGAUGAUCAAUCGCUGACCAGCUUUGAUAUGCUACAGAUUGCCUCCAGCCUCCUGAUAUUCACGCACUCGGUGAACAAUCUGCGCAUUGCCGCCAAGGUGACCAACGGUUCCAGUUUGCGCCGUGCUCUGCGUCAUCAGACCCGCAAGGUCUUGAAUCGCAUCUCGCAGGAAUCCUCCAAGCUACACAGCGGUGAUUCCGCAGCAACGGGAGCCAAGAAGUUCAAGUUUGACAUUGUGCGCACUCUUAACGAUAUUCCGAUCAAGGAGACGCUCCUCAGCCUUCACAAGAUUCACUCUCAUCUGGCACAGGGUGCCACAUUUCUGGGCGCUGUGGGAGCAGCUGGUCUGUUGCCCAGUUUCAUUAUUCCCGGCGCCGGCGGAGAGAUGCGUUUAAAUGUGUCCGAGCUGAGCACUCAGUUUGGCCUCAAGUUUGUCCAGCAGAUCGGCAACUUGGCCAGCUUCAUGGAUGUGCUCGAUGGCAUGACGAGAUACUUGAGUGACCAGGCGACGCAGUUGCUCCUGCAACUGACCCGUACAUUUGUGGAACAGAAUGUGGACGGCAUUGAUCGCAAAUUGAACACAUUUGUAUCCACCGAACUGGUGCUCUAUCGCAUCCUGAUGCACUGCAUCACCAACUAUGAGCACUGUACCAUCGACUUCCUCGAGCAACGUCGUCAGGACAUCCUGGACAUCGUCUCCAAGUACUUUGAAUCUCUACAGCCAGCUCCAAUCAAGCUAAAGAACUGCCGCAAACUCAAGUGCUCCACAUGCAAAGGAGUCUAUUAUAUAAGUACUUUGUAAUGCCUAAACAGGUGAAAGUCCAACUGAAUUGUCAUGCGUUUUAUCAUGUACUCUGUAAUGCCUAAACAGUUGAAAAUCUAACUUUAUUGUCAUUAACAAAUUAUACAUAUAAUGUCACUAUAUAAGUACUCUGUAAUGCCUAAACAGGUGAAAAUUUAACUGAAUUGUCUUGCGUUUUAUCAUGUACUCUGUAAUGCCUAAACAGCUGAAAAUAUAACUGUAUUAUGCGUUUUAUCAUGUGAUUGUGAUUGAAAUAAAAACAAGUAAAUCAUAAACCGUC